GCAACUUGUCGCGUGAUAGUCACCAAGAUGGCCGAAGAACGAGAAACGUUGGAGUCGGUACUGAACAAAGCGACAAACCCAGCCCAGAGAGAUGAGGACUGGGACUUCAUCAUGGCGUUCUGUGACAAGGUGAACCAUGAACUGGAGGGACCUCAGUUUGCUGUGCGACUAUUGGCACACAAGAUACAGUCACCCCAGGAGAGAGAGUCACUGUUUGCCCUCACUACACUGGAAGCAUGUGUGAAGAACUGUGGCCGCAGAUUUCAUCAAGAAAUUGGAAAAUUUCGCUUUCUAAAUGAGAUUAUCAAAGUUGUGUCUCCCAAGUACCUAGGCUCAAAGACAACAGAGAAAGUGAAGAAGAGGUGUAUUGAGAUUCUGUACAGCUGGAGCAAGGGUUUGACACAUGAGAGCAAGAUCCAGGAGGCUUACACCAUGCUGAAGACCCAGGGCAUAGUGAAGGAGGAUCCGACAUACGUAGACACAUACUUCCAGACCUUUGAGAUCCCACCAGAGCGGCCACGGAAUGCUGUGUUUGAAGAUGACGAGAAGGCCAAGCUUCUCUCUAAACUUCUGAAGAGUAAGAACCCAGAUGACUUGCAGGCUGCCAACAGACUGAUCAAGAACAUGGUGAAGGAGGAUGCGGCUAAGACUGAGAAGAUCUCACGGCGGAUCAAUGAGCUGGAGACAAUCAGCAACAAUGUGAAGUUGCUGACGGAGAUGAUGGCAAUCUAUGACAAUAACACCACGACACAGGCAGAGAAAGACAUGAUGAAGGAACUGCAUGCGACGCUAGAGAAGCUACGCCCCAAUCUGUUCCGCCUUGCCAGUGAUGUGGAUGAGAAAGACAGUGACGGAAUCAAUGAUAUCUUGAAGGCUAAUGACACAGUUAUGAAGACAAUGGGAGAAUAUAAGUCCAAAGUUGAAGGUGUCCAUGAAGGAGACUGGGCUCAUGGGAAAGAUGCCUCCUCGUUACUGGAUCUCAACUUUGAAUCUUCGCCUAGCAGAGCUGCUAGACCUGACCAAUCAGCAACCUCCACCUCAACAGCCAUCUUGGAGGGCGAGUUCCAAGCAUUAGGUCUGGAUGACAAGAAGUUGUCCGGGACCCAGGCGUCUGACAGCUCAGUCCUCAGUGAACUAGAUGAUAUAUUUGGAGCUGCUGCCCAACAGUCAGUUUCCCAACCCCCACAGCCAGCUGUAUCACAAGCCAUGCCUACAGGGGCCAUGUUUGCCUCCGGCACGGCGCCAGUCAUGGGAGCAGCGGCGACAUUCCCCGUCAUGAUGCCAGCAAUGGGCCAGCAGCCUGGAGUGUCACCAUUUGGGCAACUGCAGCAGCCUGUAGCGCCAGUAGCACAAGGAGUUCAGGCCUCAAGUGCUUCACCUGGCGUGUCAUCACAGAAGGUACCAGUGACAGCCAUGGCUGACCUUGACCUCCUGGGUCAGAAUCUUCUUCAACAAAGCCUCGGUGGCAAGGAGCAGCGCAAUCACUUCCCUCCACAACAAACAACACCAAAGAAGAUGACCAUGAAUCAGCUUGCUGCGGUGUCCGCCAACCAGGCAAGCCAAUCAGCACCAGGCACACAGCCUACGUUACUGACAUUAGCCAAUCAGAAUUCAUCUUCACAGUCUACAGCAAUAGUCAAUCCCAUACUUCCUGGGAAUGUUGCAUCACAAGAGUUACUUCCCCUGACAGACAUCUUCAUUCCCCUAGAAAAUAUUAAACCAGCCACAGACAUGGCCCCUGUGACAGCCUAUGACAAGAACAGUGUCAAGACCGUCAUCCAUCUGGCAACAGACAAGCCUCGGCCAGAUGUACUUGUCAUGGUCCUCUCAACACUGUCCACCAACACAAGUCCAAUCAAGAAGUUUGUUUUCCAGGCAGCUGUGCCAAAAGUGAUGAAGGUGAAGCUGCAGCCCCCCUCAGCCUCGGACCUCCCAGCAUACAACCCCAUCCUACCCCCUGCAGCCAUCACACAAGUUAUGCUUAUAGCAAACCCAAAAAGGGAAAAGAUCCGGUUAAAGUACAAGGUGACAUAUAGUUUAAAUGAGAACAAUGUGACAGAUACAGGUGACAUAGAUACAAUUCCCAGUCUGUGAGCACCUCGUAGGAUGUUGUUAAUCUUGUUAUCAAGGCACAGAACAAAGAUAUGUGGAAAGUGCUGUGGACAUCAGGUGUCUGUUGGUCCAAGGAUGUGAGGAGUCUUUCGGAACAGAACCAUGUGGGUAACUUCUCAACAGAUGUGCGUGUGGAGAUGGUUGGUAUGUGGAAAGGAAUGGCUGACAAAAGAACCAUGAAGACUUCUUGAGGACAGACUUUGUACUCAGCAUACUACCCAGAGACUGGACAACGUUAGUACACUAAUACCAUUGCCGUUGAUGUGUAUCUCACAUGAUACACGUUACCUUCAUAAAGCUUCUAUGGAUAGUACUCAGCAAAUGCAAGUGUAAUAUAAACUGAUUUUACAGACACUUCAAAUGCUAAAUAUGGACAUGAUAAAGGAUUACCUGAUACAUGUAAUUGAUGCAACACACACAUGGGAUUGAGUUGAUAUUCAGUAGUAUAGAUUUAGUGAUGUGAAGCAGAGUUAUAGACCAACAAACAGGGUUCCUUGUUGGGACCUGCAGAAUGUUAUGGUCAGAGUAUGUUGUGCUAGGCUCCACACAUUAGUUGUUGGAUCAGUGAUCACACUGAUGUUCAGAGUGCUGACCCCUACAUACAACAGUUGAAGACUGGGCUCUGUCUGCAGACAUUAUGCUGAUGCAAUGUUAGUAAAUAUGGCAUAAAACCUUCCUCCACCUGCCCCAAGUUCAGGAAAUCAAAGAUUUUAUUCUAUUUAUAGUUUGGUGGUUUCACUUAAGUCUCAAAAGGUAUACCAAGAUAUUCUGAAUCUGAAGCGAGACUGUUUCUGAACUUUGGGCUGGGGAGUCAACUCUUGUGAUACUAUCCUUGUCUAUGCUGCAAUUAAUUAAUCCUACAGUGUCAAUAUGGAAGUGCUAAUAUGUAUAUCAUGCUGGCAUCACUGUGAGGCAAAACCCCAUUCACUUUUCAUCCAUGUGCUUAUCACAAUCAUCGAGUUAUAUCACAGAGGUGACUAUUUUAUACUAAAAUAUACUUGAAACUUAUGCAUGUUGCUGUUUUGGUGUUGAUGAUGGUCGUCACAUUAUACUCCUGCAUAUAUUGGUAAAUAUUUGUUUUUGAUUGAAUCUAUUUCCGACCGUUGUUUUCAAGGUGUUAUUUGUUGUGGUACCCAAGUAGUCACACUUUGUAAGUUGUAAAUACUUGGUGUUGGGGCACAGAAGGAAAAUAUUUCUGUUGGAUUGUUAACUCUCACCUACUUGAUGUUAAUGUUUCUAAAAAUGGGCAGACAAUUGCAGUUAGCAAGAGACUAAUUGGUGUGUGUGGUUGGUACACUUUUGUCAGUAUAUGCAACUUAAUCUUCAUGUCUUGGUUAAUCUAAUGUUCCGUUUUGCAAUAUAUUGAUCAUUUUCAGUAUUUUUCAAAGUAUUUCCACAGUAGAGGUCAGUGUAAGAUGCAAGGUGUCCAUAUUGGCUAUACUCUCAUAAUAUAGUACAGCUUCAUCCGCUUUCAUAGCAACACUCUCACUGAGUCACCUUGUCAUCGUUUGUAACCAGUUUCAAGGGCAUCACAUUGUAUUGGCUCCCCUACAGUUUGCUGUAGGUUGCUACAGGAAGGCUAAUGUUUUAUUCGUUUGGUCAACUCUUUUUCAUAUAUCUAUUGCAGACAUGCCAACCACUCUGAUUUUGACGGUGUUACUCCGAUUCUCCGAAUACAAAAUCUGCUCUCUGAUUUGUCUUUAAAAAACUGAUUUUUUAAGAAACAAUUCUGAAAUUGAUUUUUACAGUAUACAAUUUCAUAAGUCAACGGUGAUUUAUUUGAGUCGACACCGUUUAAAGCAUUCGGAAACGUAGCAUGUGAUCUUUUGGAUCUCGAUUGUGUAUAUUGCUUGUUAUUGACGACUAAGUUUCACAAAGUUUUUCCAAGUAUAUGUCAUAGCCCGUAUGUAAACAAAAUGGCAGAGCCGACCACGUGUUCACCCCCAACUGGCAGCUUCUGUGCUUGGGCCUGACUUCCAGCCAGGCAUGACUGCUCUCAUUGGAUUCAGGGUUGGCAUCUCUGCUAUUGAAAAAUUGAGUGCCAAAUUCUGUAUUAUAAUGCUAUAAUCGGGGGAUAAGCAGGUGGUUAGGUGUUUACUUGUCACGCUGAGUACCUGGGUUCAGUUCCCCAGAUGAAUACAAUAUGUAACAUAUUGCUGACAGUGGUAAAGAACAAAACUCCCUCAUUCUCUCCUUCAUCAGUCCAAUAGGGGAGCAUCACACAUCGUCUCGGAAACAGCUUCAUCAUAGCCUUGAAACAUGAAGGAUCAAUCCAAAUGCUUUUUUUUGCUCAUUUAAUGUGAUCAGUCCCAGUGUAGGGAUCGUCUGUAUAUAGCCAGUUGUGAAUAUUUAGCUGUAAAAUGGAAGGUAUACUUCCUUCAACAAACAUAACAUAAACUACACCAUGUGAUUCUUGAAUCAACCUUGGCAUUAGCAUUGCUUUGUGAAACAAGAUCCUUGUCAUACCUCUGCUGAAAUGAUCAUGAGAACAUCCCACCAUUAUAACAGUUACUUACUUGGAAAUUAUCCUUCAUGGAUAACCAUCUAACAGUAUAUGUAAUCUAUAUAUGUGUCACAUAGUGUUAUUACAUGGCUUUAUCCACUAGUCAUCAAUUAGAUCUGACAGCACCAUGUAUCACCCACAGCUUUAGCUUUCAUUCUCUACAGUGUUGAGCAUACUCUUGCAUUUAGGCAUUAUAUCAUUGCUCUUCAUGUCCAGCUUAUAAAUGGUGUGAAUGAGGAAUCAUUAUGAAAAAUGUGUACAAGCUUGAAAAAUAUUAUUGUUAUUUAUUAAGUCCAAUAUAAUGUGAUAUAAUGCCCUCUAUAUUGUGUCAUAAAUGAAGUUUCUAAAUUCAGAAAAGAGUGUAUAGACAAUUUACUGUCAAGAGCAUUUUGUGGUCAUUUGGUGUGCAUUUUCUUUUGCUAAGAUCAACAUUUCUGAAUUGAUGUGGAAUAGAAAUGAAGCUGGUUUGCUAUUUAAAAAAAUGACAUUGGAUUAAAAAUCCAUGGAUCUCGCUUCUUAGAUGGUCGCUAUGGACUGUUGGUCAGAUAUUUACACAGAGAGUAUCACACUGCAGUGGAAGAUUUGUAUCUUAUGACAUUAAUUUUUAUUAUAUAUAUUAUUUAUAUGUGAUACUUAUGCCAAUUUAAGAAAGUAUAUUCCACAAGGGAAACACUUAUAAGAAUUUUAUCAUCAGAAGACGAAUCUGUCAAUGUAAAAUUAGCCCUGUUUUUAACACAUUCACUGUCAUUAAGGAACAGAUUUCUCCUGUCAGCUAAUUUCACAAUGUUAUGAUGCUUUCCACUAUUUGCACUGUUCAUACUUGCCUGUGAUUAUGACACUAUGUAUACGGGCCAGAGGCCUUAUGUACAAUAAACCAAAGCAUCUUGACCUUGAUGUAACACAUGAUCACGUCUGUUCUGAGAAGAAAACUUAAAUUGGGAAUAGCCUUUUCAAACAGACUGGUGCAUUUAAUUAUGGGCAUAGCGUGUCCGCACAGAUCAGACAGUGAUUAAACAUGAAGACAAUUUCGGUCCUAUUGUCAAGAGGUCUUUGAAGGAAGUAAUAGUCUGUUUAGUUGGGGCUAGUCGGCACAAGUAGUUUGAGAACAAGGAAUCAACUUAUUGGUUAAUACUUUUGAUGAUUCAGAUCAGUGGGUACUGCCCUUCUUCCAUGUAUAUUACUUUGAAUCCCAGAUGCAUCCCGAUUCAGAUCUUUGUUCUGGCCUCACCCUAACCAUGCUGAUAGGUUUCCAAAAGCUGUAGACGUCGUUUGUGCCUUCCGACAAGCCAUUUUCAUAAUUUUGUAACCAAAUACUAAAUAGAGGUUAACUUCUCGAUGGAACUGUCUUCAGAUGUUACAAAUUUGGGUCUUCUGCCAUAUCUAAGUACUAAGUGUAACAUUAGGUUAUGUAUUGGUUCCUUGUACAUACUCCAAGAGCUGGGAGGGAUGGGGCAUGUAUUAAAAUUGUCAAACACUGAAAUGCAGCCCAUCAGUAAAAGCAACAAUUUCAUAGGUGAUGAUUAAGAUUAAAUUCAUAGUGCUACCAUAAUCAUUCCAAACAAAGGAAAGGUUAAACCUAAUAUAUAUGUCUUGUGAAUUCUAUUGCGAAAGUUUAACUAUCACGUUAAUUUUAAAGGCAUCAUGACUGUGAUGUAGGUCACUGACGGGUACUUGAGUCAGGGUUUGAGACAAUAUGUUUCUACCUGUCAGAGCUCUACUAUGAUGAAAGAAAUGGUGUGUGUACCAGUGCUGUCCUUGUGCUUGUUAGAGUUGUUCUAGCUGCUGCCUGUCUGCAUGCUCCAUGUACAUGCCUACCCUACAGUGUUAAACACCAGGCUACACCCUGCUGGACCUGCCAGGUUAAAGGGGCGGUGGGGUAGCCAAGUGGUUAAAGUAUUCGUUCAUUAAGCUGAAGACCAGGGUUCGAUUCCCCACAUGGGUACAAUGUGUGAAGCCCAUUUCUUGUGUCCCCUGCUGUAAUAUUGCUAAAAGCGUCUUAAAACCAUACUCACUCACUGCCAGGUUGAAAGCGCAAAACAUACUUUGGUGAACAGACAUUAUGAAGAACUGAAGGAAAAUAUAGCUGUGCUAUAGUGUCCAUUUUCUGAAUGUCAUCCAUGUGUGUUUUACAGCAUUCUGCAUAGAAGGAAUUUGUCAUUCUAUUUUCUGCUAUUUUAUCACAAAGCAUUUUUGUCCUUGCUGCUCAAAUUGAAGAUGUACAUGCUUUUUGGCCUGAUUUUUAUAGAAACUAUUUGAUUGCAGAACCUUUACAAUGUAGUGUUCUUGACACAUAGGAGUAUGCCUGGCUACAUUAUUGCUAUACUUUAGGAUGUGGGGAGAUGCAGAUGGCUCUGUCACAGCCAUGUCAGUCCCCAUGUUUACACUUUGUAUGACACAUGUAUUAACCCUUUCUUAGCCACCUGUCUGUCAACUGCUGGUAAUGUUUGUGUGGGAAAAUGCAAUGUAAAUGGUGUACAUACAGGUUACAUUUGUAUAAAUGUGCAUACAAUGAAAAUAAAUUAUCAUACAAGUU